UCUCUACCUUCCUUCUAUUGUAAGUUUGAAAUGAUACCUAGUACGAAAGAAAAGAGCGGGAUUUAGAAGACAAAGGAGAAAAUCACAUCAUUCAAUGGCUAAUGAUCAUGUAGAAAUUCUGUCAGAUGAUGAUGAUCCAUUACUAUCUCCAUGUCCAUUUCCAUACAACCCUCCUCCUACCAAAAGAAGAAAAAAUAACAGCGAUGAGGGUGUUGCAACUCUUCUCCCUUCUUCUUCUUCUACACUUGUAAUUCUCGAUGACGAUCCAACUCCUAUUAAGAAACCUACUCAAUCAAUCUUUUCGUCAUCCUCUUCUCCCUCUUUUGUUCCUGAAACCCCAUUUUCAUCAUUAAAAGAUUCGUCCAAAUCUGAUGUCUCAGUUCUUAAAUGUGCCAACUCCGCUGACCCUAAAAUUGGGGAUUCAUCAUUUACGCUUCCAAGUCGAAACCACAGAGAAUAUUCUGGAAAUAGUGGUUUUAUAUGUUUGGACUCUGAUGACGAAGCAAGAGGUGAUUGUGAAGCGGAAAUGUCGAAGGAGAAUGAAGACAUGGUUGCUGGAUCGAACAACAUGGAAAUUAACUCUAGUUUUCCUGACUCUACUUCUUCUCCGUGGACGGACGAUUAUGUAGAAGAUAUUGGCGGCAGACCUUCAAACCUUGAAUGUUCUUAUGGAGAUGCUAUAUAUCAGUCUCAGGGAUGCUAUGAGGAAGAAAAUGGGAUCUCGACUUCCCAGAAAGAUAAAGAUGUUGGACUAAAUCCAAGAAGAAAUAGUCGCAAGGAUGAUGCUAAUGAUAGGAAGAAGAAAACGAAAGAAGACAAACUUCGUUUGAUUGAGGAAAAAAAACUCAAGAAGGAGCAAGAGAAAUUGCAAAAGCAAGCUCAGAAAGCUGAAGCAGCGGAGCUGAAGAAAUUACAAAAAGAACAGCAAAAGUGGGAGAAUGGUAAAUUUGCUCUAAAAUCUAUAGUAGCUGAAAUUGAUGCUAAGGUAGUGGAGAUUGGUGCCAUUGGAGGACCUAUUCUUACAAGGCUAGCAGAGAAAGGUCUCAAUUAUCGUGUAACUUCCAAUCCCAUUGAAAGAUCAAUUUUAUGGACAAUUACUGUUCCUGAUGAGCUUUCAAAGUUAUCAUCCAAGGGAUCAGAGGUUCCAUACAUAUUGAUUGUGCGCCAGGCAGAAGAAUUUUGUAAUCUUGUCUCCAACGAAACUUUAAUGGAAGAUGUCUUGAAGGUUCAAAGUAGAUAUCCCUCAUACACAAUUUGUUAUCUCACAAAUAGACUAAAAUCAUAUAUCAACAAAAGGGAACAAGAGCAGUUUAAGGAUCCAUCAAACAGUACUUGGAAACGCCCACUGGUUGAUGAGGCGUUCUCAAAAUUAGCUACUGAUUUUGAAAAAGUACAUUCGCGGCAAUGUGUAGAUGAAGCUGAAUUAGCUGAGCAUGUUGUUGGUUUAACAUCUAGCCUUGCUACAUGCCAAUUCAGAAAGAAACUAACACGGCUGUCAAUAAAUGCCAAUGGAUCCAUCGUCCCCAAGGAUUUCGUUGACAAGAAACUUAUACAAAAUAACAUCUGGUUGAAGGCACUAGUGGCCAUUCCGAAGGUACAACCUAGGUUUGCCGUCGCCAUUGGGAAAAAGUACCCGACCAUGAAAUCUCUUCUGCGUGUCUACAUGGACCCAAGUAAAUCUGUGCAUGAGAAGGAAUUCCUGCUCAAGGAUAUACCAACAGAGGGGUUGCUAGGUACGGAAGAUGGGAGGAGAGUAGGGGAAGUAUGCUCCAAGAGAGUGUACAGAAUCCUCAUGGCCCAAAAUGGAGGCAUCAAAACUGAUGAUGUUGAAAAUGGUGCGGAUUUCUUUAGGUGCUAAAGGUUAGUUAUUGAAUGCAAGUGGCUGAAUGAGUCUGCCCCCCUCACCUCAUCAUUCAUCCACAUCUGACUAUUUAACUCGCUGUAUAUUUGCUUGUACAGUUCUAUGUAUUUAUGUACAUCACCACUUACUGUCUGAAAUCUCACUUAGACUAAUAUGUGAUGAGAGUAUAGGGUAGUCGCAAUGGACAACUAACAAACAGUCUUCAUCGAUGUGUCGAUGUGAUCGGCAGGUACAACUAUAGGUAAGCCGUCCACUCAUUUAGUUUAUAAAAGAGAAAGGGAUGUCUUCAUUUCUAUCUUCUUUUUAUAAAGUGGGAAUUUUGUUAUUUCUAAUCAACACUUUCAUUUCAUUACAUUUAAUCCAUGAUUAGACGUGGUUUCCAGACUUGGAUUUGCACCACUAUUUCAAAAUGAAUAAUUAAACUUUGUUCAAAAGUGGAAAUCAUAGUAUGGGUAUCCUUUUCUUCUUAUUCAAUUCGCUUGUACUAAUCCUAAUUGAACAAACGGUUCACAGUUCAUGAACUUUUAAUUCUUUAGUGAGAAAACUUUGGCUUCCCUGAUUUAAUGUUUUUUUUUUUUUUUGAAGAAAUUGUGGAGCUCCUCUGAGUUUCAAACUCAAAUUGUGAGAAUUUAAUACCUUGCCAUUUUAAUGAAGUCCCAUGUUUGCUAAGAUAGAUCAAAUGUUUUUAAGCUAGAUUCACCAAAAAGGCUUAUCAUUUUAAAGAGACGUGUUGGUGUUGGUUUGUGGAGCUUACCAGGCUCGCACCUCCACUGGCACUAGAAGUGUGCCACCACCAUUUCCAUCUGAUUAGAUUUGAGCCACUUCUUCCUUGUAUUAAUCCUAAUUGAACAAACGGUUCACAGUUCAUGAACUUUUAAUUCUUUAGUGAGAAAACUUUGGCUUUUAAUAACUACUGUUAGUUGGAGACCCACUAACACUAUCAUCUUCACCAGCAUUUCAUUUUCAUUGUCAUUGUCCUCAGCAUCAUCAUCACUUCCGAUACCACACCUCUUCCAGUUGUUCUUAACCAUGAUUUGAUAUUAUUCCCAUGGUGGAAAAGAAAAGGAAAGGCACAAAUGCUUUGACACACCAACAACAUCCUCACAUGGGGUCUUAUGCCAAUUCAGUCUUGUCCCCACCAAUCCCACACCCACAAACACACAUCAUUUACAUGUUCACAUCACCCCCCACCGUCCAUCUACCAUCGUUUCAGCCAUUCGAGGUUCCUUUGGUUUCUUUUUAGUUUUUAGUUUUUAUUUUUUGUUGGCUUGCAAGUGGUACAUUACAAGCUAGCAUGCAUUCAUGCUCAUGUAUUUUAUAUACUUUACAUUUGAACCCAAAGGAAGUUCACUUCCCCCUUCCAAUAUCUGUCUCUAGGUAGUCUCUAUAAUCUAUAUAUAGAGAGAGGUUUAAAGAAGAUAUGCUCUUCUCUUUUGAGCACAUAUUCUCAGUCUCUCUGAUAGUAUAAUCUAUAGUAGUUAUUAUAAAGGCUUUUUGAUACUGUAAUAAUAAGAUCACAUAUAUGGAGAAGAGCAAAACAUUCCCGGAUCAGUACUACUCAUCGUCUAAUAACAGUGGAGAAUUCGAAGAGGACGGGCCAAAUAAUUUCAGCUUUAAUGGUCCGAGUGUCAAAGGAGAUGGUUUCGCAACUUCCAGCGACCCUGAGAUAAAGAGGAAGAAAAGGGUGGCUUCUUAUAACGUGUUUACGACGGAGGGUAAAGUAAAAUCAACCAUGAGAAACAGCUUUAGAUGGAUCAAGACCAAGUUCACUGAUGUCCGCCAUGGCGUAUGAAGAAUCACUACAAGCUUAGCAGCCAGCUAGAACUCCAACACAGAAUAAAUGGUUAAGCAAGCAAUUCUUCUGCCUAGCUGAGCUGAUUGGACUGAAUUUUGUAAUACCUUAAUUUGCAUCCUAGAUGUGUGUCGUGUUUCCUGUGGUGAUCAAUAAUCCAAGGGACAUAAAAUAAUAAUUUUCCUGGUUAUUGAUUCAUUCAUGGAGUACAAAAUCAAGUGUGUCAGUGUGAGUGUAUGAAUCAUGUUCAUGUAUUUCAUCGAAGGUUGCUUGUCGGUCGGUCGGUCGUAAGAAGGAAUAAGAUGACAUUAUUGUACAGUAUUUAUAUACACUCUUAUUAGUACAUGGAUUAUUAAACCACUGGGAAA